GAAAAGGGUUCGGAGGUAAAAGGAAAGCUUCGCCGCUUCUUCUUCUUCGACUUCGCCUCUCUCUCUCUGUAAAUUGCUUCUUCAACCGUCUCUGUGAUUUUGUAUCCAAACAUUGAGUAUCGGAGAAGAAGAUGUUGACGGAAGAUGAGAUUAAACGGCUGUACAGAAUCCACAAGACGUUGAUGCAGAUGUUAAAGGACCGUGGCUAUUUUAUCGCGGAUUCUGAGCUUACGAUGACCAAGCAUCAGUUUAUUAGGAAACAUGGCGAUAACAUGAAAAGGGAGGAUCUUGUUUCUCUCAAGGCUAAGAGAAAUGAUAACAGUGAUCAGCUUUAUAUUUUCUUCCCUGAUGAGGCGAAAGUUGGAGUUAAGACGAUGAAGAUGUACACCAACCGGAUGAAAUCAGAGAAUGUUUACAGAGCUAUUUUGGUGGUGCAGCAGAACUUGACCCCUUUUGCUCGAACUUGCAUUAGUGAGAUCUCUUCUAAGUUUCAUUUGGAAGUUUUCCAGGAGGCCGAGAUGCUAGUGAACAUUAAAGAACAUGUUCUUGUUCCUGAGCAUCAAGUUCUCACCACCGAAGAGAAGAAAACUUUACUGGAGAGAUACACAGUGAAGGAAACACAGCUUCCGAGAAUCCAAGUGACUGAUCCCAUCGCAAGAUACUUUGGACUGAAACGUGGGCAAGUCGUGAAGAUCAUUCGUCCAAGUGAAACUGCUGGUCGUUAUGUUACCUAUCGCUAUGUCGUAUAAGCAAAACAAAACAAGCUUUUGUGGGUCGGACUGCGAGUUGAACGCUGAGAGUUGAACGCUGAGAGUUGUGAAACAUAAAAGAGUAAUGCUUUUGUACUAAACCAAAUUGUUGCUGUGUUCUAUUUUUGUUUGUCAGAUAUGAGAAUUAAAGCUUAGAACAAUUUUUGUAUAGACUUCUA